AUGUUAACUACAACAGCCUCAGCAACCUUGACAUCAGUCAUUCUUCUCGCAUUAGUCAUAAUAUUCAACACUGUUCAUGAUCCAUUAUCGGCCUCAAUAGGGUUUUCGAUACUUGGCUGUGCAAUAACAUGGCGACUUGUUCCCGCGUUAAAAGAUAGUUUUUUAAAAGCAAACUUGGUGGGAAAAGACUUGAAUAAGUCUAACAAGCAGAUCAUUCCGGAAAGCAUGGGUGUCGUAUGUGCAACGGUUUAUCUUGUAUGCAUGUUCUUAUUUAUUCCUUUUCCAUUCAUGGAAUGGUUUACAGGUAAAGGUAUCAUUUCACGAACUGAAGAAUUUCACGCGCCAACUUUUCCUCAUCAUAAGGAAAGUCAUAUUAUUGAAUCU